AUGUCUUAUUUCCCGUGGAAAGAGGAGAAAUGUUCCGACGCGGUGAGAGGAACGCGCUGGACCUCACAAGUGCCGAAUUACAGUAAAACCAUCGCGUUCUUGAGGGACGACUCCCCGAGUGGUGAAGUGGAUGUCUGCUGCUCAUCCCGCUCAGAGGAGCGCCCGUCCCCCGAGGGCUUCGGGACGAGCGCCGGAGACCCGCAGCGGAGCAUGUCCUGCCAGAAGACCGUGAAGUCUCUAGCGGGACAGUUCGGGGGAUCGUCCGGGGAUAAUGGCCGUUUCUCUCCGGCUCUCUCGGCCGGGACGGCCCGGUGUGGACUCGGUAUGCCGGUGGCGGUGGAUUUAGGGGCUCGAAGAUCAGAGGAAGAGAGAAAAGUUGCGCGCUGUGACAAGUGUUCGCUGACCCUGGUGGCGCUGAAGAAGCAGGCGCUCAGUCUGCUCGUGCAGAACCACUUCUCCUCCAAGGACCUGGCGGCCAUGUCUACGUUCCUCCACAACAACCUCCGGGUCCACAGCAGUCGCUCAACAGCCGACCCCAGAGAGAAGGACCGGGACCAGGGCUUGUGCAUCUCCUGCGGGGUCCACCUGAACCAGCUCAAGCAGGAGGCCGUCCAAGUGGCUCUGUCCAGAGAGAACAGCCGCUGGCCCGGCCACGCGUCUCCAGAACACGCCUCUGGAUCGUCGACGAACACCAAUCAAGCCGACCACGGAUCCCCGGUGUUGAAUGGGACGGGGAGCCCGAGACGGGGAGCCCACAGAGGAUCCAAGACCGCCCCAAAGACCGGACCCAGGACCAAUUGCCUCAGUGGAAUCUUGAAAGGACCCAAGAACAACCUCAAGUCCGUCCACAAGAUCACCCCCAAGAUUGGAACAUUCAAAGGACCUUGGACCGCCCCCGAAGCCGAACCCCACAGAGGCACCCAGAAGGGAACCUGGAUCACCCUCAAGACUACCCCAAAGACAGCGCCCAAAACCGGAUUGUUGACCGCCCCCAAAACCGAACUCCUCAGCACACUAUUGAACACCCCCAUGACCACCCCCAGAACCGAACUCCUCAGCACGACCACCCCCAAGACCACCCCCAAGGCCGAACUCCACAGCGCAUUAGGAACCCAGAACGGAUCCAAGACCAUCCCCAAGACCAUCCCCUGGAACGCCCCCAAAACAGAACUCCUCAGCGAACCUUGGAACAGACCCCGAACCCAGACCAAGACCCUUGAUCGGCCACAAAACCGCUCUCCUCUGCCGAUCCUGGACCGCCCCCAGAACCGGACCCCUCAGCGAACCCUGGACCGGACCCGGACCCACUGGAAGUCAGAACAAACCCUGAACCGGAGACUUGAGUGCCCCCAGCAACAGUCCCCUCAGCACACCCCAGAGCGGACCUCUCAGACCCUCAGGCGGCGAAGCCCCAAACCAGCGAACUCCGACAUGAACCGCUGGGUGGCGGAGCAGCAGCAAAUGGUUGCCGUGGUGAAGUCGGUGGCGGCGGCCGGCGGCAACGGCGGUGACGUCUAUCCCUACCAGAGCCCUGACGCUGGCGGGGGGGUCCCUGAGGGGCGUGGGGGGGCCGGGACUCUGCAGAGCAGCCCCAAGAUGGCUCACAUUGCCAGGGUGGCCACCAUCGCCAACUCCGCUGCCAUGGCCUUCCUAGCCAGAGCGGCCCAGAAGUUGAACCUGAGGAGGAAAGGUUUGUCUGGGGGGCCGGGCGGUGCGGGACGCCUGGGCCAUCACUCCACCUGUUUCAGGGGCCUUAUAGAGAAGAACCCGCCCCCGGUUCCUCCCAGCGUGUUCCACAACGGCAGCAGAAGCAGAGAGCCACAGAACACUAGUCAGGUCAAAGUCAUCCUGAGGGUGUGUCCUCCGCCCCCCCUGUCCUCCGAGGGCCCCCUCCGGGCCCCCCUGCUCCGCAUCGACCAGUCCAGGAAGAGGGUGACGGUGGUGGAGCCCACCUGGAACAGCCUGCCGCGGGCCCGGCUGACGCAGCGCCGCGAGGAGAAGGCCGUGUUCAAGACCUACGCCUUCGACCACGUCUACCCCCAGGAGACCGGCCAGGCCGAGGUGUGCUCCGGCGUCCUGACUGACGUCAUCCGCGGCGUGGUGGGCGGGGUGGACGCCUGCGUCCUGGGUCUGGGCUGCGUGGAGGCAGGGUCCUGGUCGGCCAUGGUGGGCAGCGACGAGAGCCACCAGACGCUGGGCGUGAUCCCCUGCUCCAUCCCCUGGCUGUACGGGGCGGUGGAGCGCUGGAAGGACCGCACCUGGACCAGCCUCAGCGUGUCCGUGUCGGCCGUGGAGCUGCGCUGGGGCGGCGGCGGCGGCGGCGGGGCCGGGGAGGGGGAGGAGUCCCUGAGUGACCUGCUGGCCGAGGUGGCCCCCGCGCCGACCUCCGGCCCCCUGGACCGGCCGGCGGGCCACAUCACCCUGCACGAGGACCCCCUGAUGGGGGUGACGCUACGUAACCACAACAGGGUGAAGUGUCCCACCGCCGAGAGGGCCGCCUCCCUCCUGGACUCCGCCAUCGCCUCCCGUCUCCACGGCAACCAGACGGAAGGCCGCGGCGUUGGCGACGACAUCACGGCGCCGCCGGCGUACCACAGCUCCGUGAUGUUCUUCACCAUGCACGUCACGCCGCCGCGCACGGACCUCAGCGCCAACGGCAAAGCUCCCCGCGGUCCGUCUCGGUUGACCAUGAUAGAUGUGUGUAGUAGUAUGAAGAUGAUGACUGUGGUCAACAAGACCCGGAGCGAGCUUCCCCAGACUGGACUGCCCUCUCUCCUCUAUUCCCUCCUCAGUGGGAACAGAAACAUCCCCAGCAAGGGCAGUAAACUGACCAUGCUGCUCAAAGAGUCUCUGGGCCGGGCCCACUGCCUGACCACGGUGUUGGCUCAGGUGUCGGACCUCCCGGUUCACCUGCCUGAAGCCCUGUCCACCAUCUACCUGGUGUCCCGCGUCCGCAGGGCUCAGAGGGGGCCCAAGUCCGCCUCCUCCUCCCCUUGUGGCAGAAGCCUGGGCAAAGACAAGCGGCCUGGCGGCCAUCGGUCCAUGACCCUGCGCGCCUUCCACUCCACGGGCCAGGUCGACGUGGACGCGCCCCGCCUCCGCCUGCGCGGGGACCCCGACGACCGCUCCAUCAGCGACCAGUCCUGCGACACAGUCAUCCACAUCGGCUCCGACGGCGCCGUCCACAACCCCAAAUCCGCCCGGAUGUUGCCGCUGACCCGGCCGCCGUUCGUGCCCAUCGUCCCCUCGCUGCACCAGGGGGAGGCCAACGCGGACGACCCCGAGUUCACCGCCCUCCUGGUGGAGCUGCUGAAGAUCCCCCAGUCCCAGGCGGAGCAGAGGAAAGAUAAACCCCCGAGAGGGAAGGUGGCGGAACCGCCGAAGGUGGAGGCGAAGCCUCCAGAAAGGGACUGUCUGAAAUGCGAAACCUUCGCCGAGCUUCAGGAGCGUCUGGGCUGCAUCGACGGCAGCGAAACGGCGACGGGAGCGCCCAAGCCGCCGUGCAAACACCCCAGAGUCGACGAUGUCACGACUGAGACGCGCUCACAGAACGAGAUGGCGGCGGCGCAGGGCGAAUCGGCGGCCGAGGCGCCCAAGACGCAGGGCCAGCCGGGCCGGGAGUACGUCCACGCUCACUCCUCUGCCGGGGAGAAGAAGUCCGACGGGGCCGCUCCAGGGGACACCUUCCAGAGGGAGGACUCGGGCCUCUACGACUGCGAGGACGGCAGUGCGGCCAGCUCCGCCGAGGAGCCUCAGAACCAGAGUCUGGGCCGGGGGCGGAUCCUGCGGGCGAACCGCUCCGAAACGCCAGACUCUGCCACGCCCAGGUCCUCCUCCGACUCCAGUGGGAAGGAGGAGCUUCAGGGCAUGGGUUCCUCCCCGGUUCCGGGCCCUGUCCCUCAGCCCACAGAAAGCCAGAGGGUUUCAGAGGACGGCGAAUGGGCCAAACCAGAAUUCAGGACCUCGCCGAUUGGCAAGAGUUACCCGGUGUCUACCUCCUCCUCGUCUCCCUCUCCCCCUUCCUUGGCUAAAAGUGUCUUGCUCGGGGGCCUCUUACCCCACCUCCCGACGGACGAACUCAAGGAAAUGAAGGCCACCAUCACGGUGACGGUGCAGCAGCCGUUGGACCAGGACGGUCACGACGAGAUCGUCUAUUCCAUGGUGGAGGAGGUGACUAUCAGCGGGGCGUUGGACCGGGACGCCAAGGGACGCAGCAUCAUUCGUAUCAGAGAGAACACCCAGUCGGCAUCGCAUGCAAACGGCUCAGCCUGCUCUCAACCCAUCAGAAUCAUUGGCAAUGUCAUCGAGGAGUCUGGGACAGCAGACUAUUGCAGUAAGCCCAGUAAUCCUUUGGUUCACGCCCCGUCCAGGGAGUCCAGCGCCCAGCCAAAACCCCCGCCGGUGAAAUUCAGGAAGGAGAAUAAAUUAUUGCCUUCCUUCAUUAAUCCCAUGCUGGUUGAUACAGACUGUGAGUCCUACCUGGACAGCGAUGAACCCAGAUACACUUCUAAUGUUUUCUUUGCAAGCCGGGAGCCAGUGACUCUCGAGCCCAGGAAGGAAACUCCCAGGAAGGAUGAUCACAUAAAGGACGAUCACGGAAACGUAGCCGAAGGGAGACGGCUUGCGAGAGGGGCCAUCGCAUUCGAGACCCCCGACCAUAAGUAUGAUCAUCUAUCCACAUUACCCUUAGUGCAAAUGUCAUCUGACUCACGUGACCACCCGUCUGCAGCUUUGUACGAGGAGACAAAAGCCAAAAACCACAACAAGAGGCAGAACAACACAGACAGGCAUUGUCCCCGAGGGAAAGAGCCUGUUUAUCCCACCUCCGCUCCCCAGGGCCGGCCGGGAGCGGAGGUGGCUCACAGAGUCGUCGGGAAUGCCCCCCAGGGCAUCGCAGCUUCGCUCGGUUGCCUGGCGACCCUUCCCGAUGACCUCAAAGCAAACAGUCUGCCGAGGGGCUGGCAGGGAGCCCGACAUGGGGAGGGGCGCCGGGCGGGGCGCCACGUGACCGGCGACCGCCGGCACCCCGUGGGCACGACCUCAUCCACCCCGUCGAGUCCCAGGGUUACCAUGGAGAGGAGGCACCGCAGGCAUCACCGCUCCAGGCACGACGGCCUGGACCUCUCCCCCCCGCCGAGCAAGAACCAUCACUCAGAGGACAGCCGUGGCGGUGGUACACUCAACAGAAAGGCCCGGUCUUUGUUCAGGACUGGCUCAAAGUCGUGGAGCCUGAGCAAGAGGAGCGACAGUUUGAACGGCCUGAAGUCGGCCGCCGCCGAGCCGACCAGCGGCUGGAAUCUUGGCGCCAAGCUGCGGCAACUAACCAGUCGGACCAACUCGCUGGGAAGGAGCCCGGCAAAGUGCCAGUCCCCCGACCCGGGCAGCAGCAACACCUCGGUGAGCUCCAGGACAAGCUCUAAGGGCAGCUCUAAGGGAAGCGCCGAGGGGAAGACUAAGGGGGGCUCCAAGGGGUCGUAUGAGGAGGUAUUGAAGGGGAAGGGGAAGAGGAGUUAUGAGGGAGAAUCAACCUUAGCCAGGAACAGCAGGAGCCCGAAGAAGAGCUCCAGGUGCGCGCCGGUGGAGGAGCCCGGUCACCGUUCCGACCCCUCAAACAGCUACCCUUCACCCCAGUCCCAGAGGUCCGCCUCCUCCAAGCUCUCUGCAGUGGGGAAACUCAAGAUGGCCACCCCCAGAGUACGCCGGGUCUCCAACUCGGGCACCAGGACCCUCAGCUUCUCCCGCAGCGACCCGCGGCGGGGCAUCAACCGCAGCGCCAGCCUCUCCCCGGACGGGAAAGCCUUCCAGCGGGACCAGCCGCCCUGCUUCCCCUCCCUGUCCUCCUCGCCGCCCUGGUCCAUCCCUUCCCUCAGCCGCACCCAGAGCCAGAGCUCCUCCUGCUGCUCGGCCGCCACCAAGUCCCCCCUCCACGGGGUCAUCGACGGACGCUUCUCCGACUUCCUGAAGGACCGGGAGUCCUGCCUCGCCCCGACGAUCUGCGGCGCGGACGACGAGCGCCCGCACGGCGUCCCGUCGCCGUACAGCCGGCUGACGGCGCCGCGCGCCCCCACCCACCUCAGCGGGCACGGCAGCGACGUCACCAGCGUGCUGAGCGGGGAGUUGCCCCCGGCGAUGGGCAAGACCUCGCUGCUGGUGUUCCCCAAGCGGAGCAGCGGGGUGAGCAGCGGCUACGAGAGCCUGGCGAGGGACGGCUCCUCCCGGGACUCGGCCAGCGACCGGGCCUCCCCCCUCCAGAGGACGGAGGGCCGGCCCGCCCGGAGGAGGGGCUACAACGGGGACAAACGGGGCAUGAUGAAUUGAUGACUGUAAUUUGUUGAUUUGGACAAAAGUUGAUGAAAUAUGUAACUGGUGAAAAUGUUGUUGAGACGGAAA